AUGACACAUAGGAUUGUAUAUCAGUUGGCUGGUAUUACCAGCCUAAAUCCGCUAGUGCGUGACUCGGAGCAGGCACGCAAAACGUACGCUUCACUUGAGAAAAUUACUACUUAUGAUGACUGCAUUUUGAAAAGCUCUAUCUCUAAUGUCUAUCCGUCAGACCGUACGUUACGUUCUUUCAAUCAUGCGAGUCGUCAACAUAUCAAGAAAGUCAUCGAAAUAAAAGUGACUAUUGUGAAUUUAUGGAUUUUGGCACCUUCCUAA